AUGCUGAGUGAACCUACAUUCAGCUUCACCAACUUCCAACAAGAUGCUGUGAAGGCUUUACUGUCGACUGCAGGCAUUUCGGUGCUUUCAAUUUUGCCCAUAUUUAUCUUCAUUGUCCGUCAAUAUGGCUCCACCCAUCCAACGCAGCCGAGAGGAUGCCGCAGGCUGGGUCUACCACCAGGCCACACCAAUCUUCACGACGAAUUCGACCCCAAGUAUAGCCAGGGAACCUCAAGCGAUGUCGAUGGCAAAGGUCAGCCUUCAUGGCGCAUCAAAGCGCUCUUCACCCAUCCCAUCAAAAGCUGCGCUGCGGUAGAGUUGGACGUCGCCGAUGUCGUAUCGACCGGAUUCGCGUUUGACCGACAGUUCUGCUUCGCGGAACAAUUCACGCCUGACCAAGCAAGCGCCAGCGAUGGGAAGGCGCAGCCGUACUGGGAUGCGCGGACUCUCCGUAACGGCCAUUACAGCCGGCUGACGCUCAUCCGGCCUGAGAUCUGGGUCCCUGAUCCAGCUGCGCCCGACUACGCGCCUGAUCUGGAUGAGGUCAGGUCUCAGGGUGUGAUGGUCGUGUACUACCCACGACCAGCUGGGCGAGGGCUUUCGUCGUACCUGGUCAAGUUGGGGGUAGCCCUGCGUCUGGUCCCCAGGGAGCUGUCAUUCAGUGUUCCGCUCGUGCCGCCAGCGGACCGCGCCAGCGCUUAUCCUUCUAUACCGGUGAAGAUCUGGAAAGAUACCCCGGUGGCAUACGACUACGGCCGGCAUCUUCCGCACUCCCUGCGGGAGUUUCUAGCUCCAACAGCCGCCGACGCUGGUGUCUCUCGUCCUCUCACCCUCUUCCGCGUUCACCCCACGCACCACCGGCAGGUCUUCCGCAACGCGCCUCGCAAAGAGGAGCUGGGAUUCCAACCUGUGACAGGCUUCGCGGACGCGUAUCCCCUGCAUAUCCUCAACAUCGCGAGUGUCCAUGACGUUGCGGCGCGAUGUGCACGGGAUAUCCCCCGGCUCUCGGUGCGGCGGUUCAGGGCGAACUUCAUCGUCGCGGGGCCCGAGGCGUUUGCGGAGGAUCACUGGAAGCGCAUCCUGAUUCGACCAACGGGGGCGAAGAGCGACGCUGAUACCGGGGUCGAAAUACAUGUCGCCUGUCGGACGCUGCGCUGUCGGCUGCCGAAUGUUGACCCUGCCACGGGUAUCCGGCAUGCGUCUGAACCGGAUAGGACGCUGAAGAGCUAUAGGCGGAUUGACCCUGGGGAUCCGACGAAUGCGUGUUUGGGGAUGCAGUGUGUUCCUGCUGUACAGGGUUAG